GACCAGUCGACUCCCACCACUGCACUGAAUGGAGCAUCCUUCGUGGCGCCGUGGAUCUUAACGAGCACAUGUGAGCGACUCUUAACUUUCUGUAACUGCAAAUUUCCUUUAACGUUAAAGAGAAAUGGGGCAGAAGAAAGUCUUGAAGAGGAAAUAUGUUAAUCCGAAAAAAGGCGGAAAUAAAGGCGAGACUAAGAAGGAUGUAUGCGUUCCAGAUAACGCGGAGAGCUCUGACACGGAAGAUUUGAUAACGACUCAAAUCAAUGUUGACGAAGACGACGAAGACGCUACGGAUGAAGAAGUGGAAGAGGACGCUGUUAUAGCUAGUUUGGACGAAGAGGUAGAAAAAGACCAAGUUAUAUUCGAUUCAGACGAAGAUAACUAUACCUCAGAUGAGGAUAAAAAUGACUCGAGUGAAGGUAACGAUUCAGAUGAGGACGGCGACGACUCGAAUGAGGAUGGCGACGACUCGAAUGAAGAUGACGACUCGGAGGGCACUGGGUCGGAGAGCAGUCGUGAAGAAGUUGAACAAGAUCCGCCGACUAGUUGGAAAGAUGACAAGUUAAAGAGUAAGAGUAAAAGCAAGGAAUCUCUGAGGCUCAAGGGCAAGACGUCAACAUCGAGAGAAAUUAAACCAGUGGCUAGCAGAUUAGAACACGAUAAGAAUCGCAGAGGUUUUGACGAGGCAAAUAAAAACGACGCACGUAACGAACGAGACACUAAGAGUAUAUCUAACAAUACGAACGACGAGGACGAGUACGUGUACGACAGUUCUGACGAGGAGGACAUUCGCAACACAGUUGGGAAUGUACCGAUAAAGUGGUACGACGAAUACGAUCAUGUUGGGUACGAUUGGGAAGGCAAGAAGAUUCCUAAACCGGAAAAGGGCGACGAAUUGGAUAACUUUCUGAAAAGAAUGGAGGAUCCCGACUUUUGGAGGACUAUAAAAGAUCCGCAAACCGGUCGGGAUGUUGUACUGAACGAGACAGACAUAGACCUGAUUGUGAGAAUUCAAAAGCAGAAAGUUCCCGACGCUCAAUUCGACGAAUACGCGCCGUGGGUGGAUUGGUUUACCUCCGAGGUGAUGAAGACUCCGCUUCGUAAGUUUCCGGAGCACAAACGUUCUUUCUUACCGUCCAAGAACGAGGCUAGGAAGGUAUCGAAGCUGGUACACGCCCUCAAGAUGGGUUGGGUCAAGUCCACCGCGGAAAUGCAGAAGGAGAGGGAAAAGCACGAAGGGCCGCAGUUUUACAUGCUGUGGCAGUCCGAUGAUCAGGCAGAGGAGAUGCGCAGGAUCCACAAGCAUAUUCCAGCGCCGAAGAGACAUUUACCUGGCCACGCGGAGAGCUACAACCCUCCACCGGAAUACUUGUUCGACAAUAAAGAACUUAAAGAGUGGAAUAAGCUGAAGGGGACCCCGUGGAAGAGGAAAUUACAUUUUGUACCGCAGAAAUACGGCUCUCUUCGAGAAGUACCUGCAUAUCCGAGAUAUGUCAAAGAGAGAUUCCAGAGGUGCUUGGAUCUGUACCUGUGCUCCAGAUCGUUGAAGAUGAGAUUGACAAUAGAGCCUGAGGCCCUGGUCCCGCAAUUGCCCAGUCCAAAGGACCUGCAACCAUUCCCGACAACCAUGUUUAUGGUAUUCAAAGGGCACACUGAUAUGGUCAGAAGUAUUACCGCAGAACCCGAGGGACAGUUCAUCGCGUCCGGCGGAGACGACAUGUUGUUGAAGAUAUGGGAAGUGAGUACAGGCAGAUGCUUGAAAACUGUGCCCUGCGGUGGCGUGAUACGAUGUGUCGCCUGGCGUCCAAAUCAAGCCAUGUCGCUGAUAGCCGUUGCAGCUGACAAAAAAGUGCUUUUAAUCAAUCCCGGAAUCGGGGAUAAUCAUAUUGCCAGCAAAACCGAUCAGCUUCUCGAGAUAAUACCACAGAGCGAAAUAAUAGUAAGCGACAGGGUGCAGAGUGCGGUACAGUGGGAGCAAGCGGAAGGUGAGCACUGGAGCAAUGGAAUUAGGAUAAUUCUAAAUCAUUUUAAAACUGUAAAGCAAGUAACGUGGCACGGGAAAGGAGAUUAUUUCGCUACUGUCAUGCCAGAUGGCCAGAACAGAUCGGUCUUGAUAAAUCAACUGUCGAAACGAAGAUCCCAGUUACCCUUUAACAAGUCAAAAGGAUUAAUACAAUGCGUGCUAUUCCAUCCGAUUAGACCAUAUUUAUUUGUUGCGACACAAAGGAACGUGAGAAUAUACGACCUUGUGCAACAGGUGAUGAUUAAAAAAUUAUUAUCCAAUUCGCAAUGGAUAUCAACGAUGGACAUUCAUCCGGGGGGUGAUAACGUCUUAGUAGGAACAUACGACCGCAAGAUGCUCUGGUUCGAUUUAGACUUUAGUAAAGAACCUUAUCAAACAUUGCGAUUACAUGGAACUGGCGUGCGCGCUGUAGCGUUUCACAAACGCUACCCUCUGUUUGCCUCUGGAGCCGACGACAGGGCACUAAUUGUGUCUCACGGAAUGGUAUACAACGACCUUUUACAAAAUCCGUUAAUCGUGCCAUUGAAAAGAUUGUGUAAUCACGAAUCAUAUAACGACUUUGGCAUUUUGGACGUCAUGUUUCAUCCUAUUGAGCCGUGGGUAUUUUCCGCCGGUGCUGACUUUACUAUACGAAUGUACACGUAAAUAAAUACACACACAUGUUCGGGGUAUCUAUAGGUAGAGAAAGAAAAUGUUGUAUUGUACUUUACCCCCAAUCUUGUGUAAAAUACAUAAAAUACACGUU